UGUACGAGUCAGCCGGCCGAUCGCUCAGACAAAUAUCUGUUUGUGUCGUACAACAACACCCGUGCUGUGAUUUAGUUUCAACACCGAGACGAGCAUACUAAAUAAGAAUCUAAAAUGAAAUUCACGGUUGUAUUCGUCACUCUUUUGAGUAUAUCGGCGCCAUGGCUGGUCAUGGGAAAGAAGGUGGAUGACGCGAAGGACAAACGUGAGGCGCCGGUCUCCUACGGCUCAUCCGCAGGCCACUCUUCUUCGAGCUACCAACCGUCUCAAGCUUAUCAGGGUUCUCAAGCAUACCAGCCAUCUCAAGCGUACCAGUCAUCCCAGGCGUACCAGCCAUCUCAAGUAUACCAGGCUGCGCAGAGCUAUGAACCCGCGUCAGCCGGUCACGGUGAUGCCAGUGCCAUCAGCGUCGGAGCGGGCUACAGCAUCGGUGGAGCAAAACCCAAUUACAGCUUCGGUGGACAAGGAGGCAUUUCAGCUCUUCAGAUUCCUGCCGAUGGACUGCAGUCAAGUGGCCACAACACCAUUCAGCUUCCACCCAUCACUUUGCAACCGAACCACGGCGCCGGUCUCGUAGGCACUGACCUAAACCAACUCAUGAGUCAGCUUACUCAAAGUAUCAACUCCGGUGCAUUGUCUUUAUCUCCGUCUAACAGCAUCGCCGAAUUCCAUUCCGGUGCCAAAGGUAUCCAAGGUGCUCAGGAACUUGCCGUCCCUCAGUACUCAUACCCUAAUCUUCAACAGUACAAUCUAGGUUCCCUUGGUGCUGGUUCUUAUGCUGGCGGCGCUCAGUCCUUUUCUGCUGCAACACCAACUUUCACUGCUGCUGCACCCAUUUAUGCUGCCGGUUCUAAAGGUCUUAGUUCCUAUGGUUCUACCGGCCCUGUACUUUUUAACCCCUCGGAAGGUCACGCAGCCGCAUCUGGUUUAGCAUAUGCUGCUCCUAGCUCUGGUCAUUCACUUGGCGAUUCGGGAGCUCUUUCCUUGGGUGGAUCCGGCCACGCUUUGUCAGGCCUCUCUCUCGGUGGUUCCGGACAUUCUUUCGGAGGAUCACUGAAAUCCUUGGGCGUGCCUAGCAAAUCAUUCACACCUUCAGUUUUCUUAGGAGCAUCAAGCGACUCGAGCCACAGUUUAGGUGGAGCUGAGGGAUCUUAUAAAGCCCCAUCUUUUGAAGGUUUCUCUAGCGGCCAUAACGCUCUGUCACUCGGCUCCGGUUCUCACGGACCUAGUUACGCUGGAUCUUUUAAUGGUUUCGGCGGAGACGCCGCUAAGUUCGCAGCGCCUUCUUUCGGAUCUUUUAAAUCUGAGAGUUAUGGUUCCCCAUCAGAAGCUCUUGCUGCAUUUUCUGCGAAUGGACACUCAUCGUCUCCUUCCAACGCCAACUUUGGAUUUGCUACAUCUUCAUACCCGACAGGUGCUACCCACGCAGUUUCUGCAGCUAAACCUUACUACGUAAGCACUUCAAAGCACCCCAGCGGUGGUUCUUCAUUCCGUGGACCCAGCUCCUCCCAUAGCUCCUUGAACGCUCACUCUUCUGGACCUAAAUACAGUUUCGGUGGCCAUAAUAGCGCACGCUACUCCCCUAAAGACGCCUAUGGUGCCCACAGUGAGACAUCCUACAACACCAUCAAGUACAGCGAGGAAUUAAAGCCCCGCAUUCAUUAACGGGCAUUAAUGGGCGUCUCUCCUAUUGCUGUCUUUUUGUAAAUAUUAAUAGUAUUUCGUGAUGUGUAGAUGACGUUUGUGUAAAAUUUAUAUGAUGAGCUUCAGAGAAAGUAUUAAGUUUGGUAUAAAUUAUUUGCAUACGUUCCGCUAAUUAGUUCUACAGAGGCCAAAUACUCGUCAAUUGGGCACAUGUUGCGUUUUUGAUAGCUUGUUGAUCGGUUUCUUUUAAUAAUUAUGAAUCAAUAUACAUUAUAAACUAGUUCUGAGAACGUAAAAAUUGUAAUAUCACAUUUUACCACCGCAGAAAAUAUUUGGUGACCAUGAACGAAACGCCGUGAAUUUCUGUAAAUAUAGUUUAGGUUAAGCAGCUUAUUUAUUUUAAUUUGUUAUAUUGUUGUUGUUUAAAUAAAAUGUGUUGAAAUA